AUGGCUGCUGCAGAUGUUGAGUAUAGAUGCUUUGUCGGUGGACUCGCAUGGUCCACUAGCAAUGAGUCAUUAGAGCAAGCUUUCUCUCAAUUCGGCGUAGUCGUCGAUUCCAAGAUCGUGAAUGACCGUGAGACCGGUAGAUCGAGGGGUUUUGGAUUCGUGACCUUCAAGGACGAGCAAUCGAUGAGAGAUGCCAUCGAGGGGAUGAACGGCCAGGAUCUUGAUGGCCGUAAUAUAACCGUAAACGAGGCGCAGUCCCGCGGCAGCGGAGGCGGAGGAGGAGGAGGCGGCGGCGGAUUUCGUGGAGGCCGACGUGAGGGAGGUUACGGUGGAGGUGGCGGUGGCUAUGAACGCCGUGAUGGAGGUUAUGGCGGUGGUCGUGGCUAUGGAGGCGGUGGACGUGGCGGAUACGGCGGUGGUGACCGUGGUUACAGAAGCGGCGGCGGUAGACUACCUUUGACCUUGACUUCAGGUUAUGUUUGA